AAAUUUUCGCAAUUAAAAAUUUUAUUUUAAAUCUUAAUUAACAAUAAUAAUUUAUUUUUUAUUUAGACUUACAUGCACAUGCGUGCAAAAAAGGAUGCUUUGUUUAUGGUAAUUCAAUGGAUUUUAGAAAAUAGGUUAAUUGUAAUUUAAUGGCUAAACUAUUUGAAAUAAAUUCAAAGUUUUUUGAGUAUGCUUAAUGCAGUUUUUCUGACAAAAAUAUUAUUUCUAAAGGCAAAAAUGAUAAUUUAUCUAAAGAAGGAUCAGGAAGAGUUUCAGUAUAUAAAAUGACUAAUGUAGAACAUUGUUUUACAUUAGAAUGUAAUUAUAAUAAAGGAAACUUAUAAUAAGAAAGUUAUACUGUAGAGAGUUUUCAUAAUAUUGGAGAAGUUUGA